UUGGGAAAACAAACUGCAGACACCCUACGGUACUUCCUCACCCUGCAUCAGUUGAGUUUCCCCGCGGCUCCUUGUCAGCUUGCCGUGCGUAAUUGCUUAGAAAUCGAGUUGCGCCUCUUUUUUUCCCCAACUGUAGGAUUGCGCGCUGGUGGUUGCGCACAGUACCACCGGGAGCUACGGGCAACAUCUCCGGCCAGCACUACUUUGAUUUUUAUCAAAUGGGGGGAGCAGACUGCACCAGUGGGAGCCAAACGCCGACAGCUCUUUGAACAGGCAAGCCUUGAGGAGCCGUCAUGUUCUAGUGACAGACGGCGGUUUGAAGAGCAAGAAGAAAGUGCGCACAGUGACAAACAUGAGCGGCGGAGAAAUCCUCUUCCAAGGCUGGCUGAGAAAGUCACCACCGGAGAAAAAACUGAGGAGAUAUGUAAGUAGAGGAUCACUCUUUCCACUUUUCUCCAAGUUUAUCUUCAGAGUUAUUGAGUUUGGUUGUAACAUGGCAUUGUUCUCUCCCUGUCCAGCUCUGCUUUCUUGUUUUGUUCACUCUCCUCUCAGAUUAAAGGUGUCAAUCUCAUUUAUUUUAAGUCCCAAUGUAGCAGGUGCACCUACUCCACUCUGGACGUCUCUCUUUGUAAGACCUAAGCAUGGCAUCAUUUGUAAAUAACAGUCUGUAGAUGUAGAUUUGACACCACAUGGAGUCACCAGAUUUUACAUAGUAGGCCACCUACUAUAGGCUCCUAUGACAACAUGGAGGUAAGCCUUUGUAAUACCAAACAGCUGUCUACAGUUUGACUUAAGAGCUCACUGACUCAAACUGUUUUUCUGCUUCAUCUCAUUAGGAUGAGGUAAUGUCUAAUCAGAUAUUGAUUUUCUCAGUUUUCAUCAGGGCCUAGCCAACUCGAGCGACGUGUCCCCAACAUUUGAGAGUCAUGAUGAGGUUUUAGAGGACUGAGCUCUUAGUCUCUAGUUGGGUGCCGGGUAGGGGACUGGCUGUAAAUCAGAUAAUAGGAUUUAUUGAGGCAGAUACAAUGAGACAAUCUCCUAUAAAUACAGCUGUCCGCUGUUUAUGUAUGGUGUUGCAUUACCAGGCCUCUCCAUGUUCCUACUAGCUGACUUUGCCAUGAUGUCAUCCCUGUGUUUCAUCUGGAAAUCCAUCCUUGAAUGUCUUCAAAUGUACCCCCCCUUUGUCCUGUCAUUUCCUCAUUGUCUUCCACUUAAAGCCUGCUAAUGUUUACACAGAGACCACCAUGGUCAGUAUGGAACAGCAGCUGCAAUGGUACAGAGGAAAAAACUAGCCUGCUUCAUAGCUGUACUGUAUAAACAACAGGAGAAAGAAAAAAAAACCCUCAUGAGACAUAAUGGAGCUAACAUAAUGGCCUUCCUCAGGCAGCAGAGCAGGGAGCAGCCUCUCAGCCCUUCUCACCCCGUUUCUCACCCUGAGCACUAACCUGUAAACAAGUGCUUACAGUUCGUUCAGCCAGAAAACAGUGUCAUGAGAUGGAGCGUCCAGAACAGGCCGACUUGUUAAUGCGAUAAUCUGACCAUCUGAAAUUCCUUCCACUUAAAGCCGGGCUACGGACAAUCAGGGCUGUUUUCCCCUCAGUAUUGGUGUCACCUGACAGAGCUGAUGUCCUGAUGCAGAGGGAUAUUCUCAGAUACUACUGUCUGACAUUCCUGACUCAAGGUGUGUGUGUCACAAACAUAGCGCACGUUGGAUCGGUCAUUAGACUGGAAUGAAUUGAGGAGGUGUUGAUGGCAUGUGUUUGUCAGGGCAGCCGCUGACAAGUUAAAUGAUGCAAUAGUUCAGACUGUUGUGUGUGUUUUAGACGAUCAUUUGCAACAAUGAGAAUAUGUUUUAAUCCUGAGCAGCACUAAAACAACACAGCCUGUCAAUAUUCCACUACUUGAGCCAGAUGAGGCCUGUAUUUGUCAAUCAGUAGGUUUCUUUUUUUUUUGGUCAUUUUUGUUGAAACAAGUUCCCUCUGCUUGCAGCGUGUAACCCAGGAGGGGAGGCUCAGGACAGAGUAAAAACUGGUACUUCUACUGCACCUCUGGCAUGCAAAUCAUAUGCAAAAUUCGGGAGCAAAACACUCAUGGCAGUUGAAGCCUGGAUUCAGCCUGUAGUAAAAAAAAAAAAAAAACAGGAGACAACAUGUCUCCUCAAUAACAAGCACGACUAGUCCUGGUUCAGUGUUUGUUAAUUGUUGACAAAGGCUAUUAACUCUCCGCUGUGACUCACUCUACAACAGCUACUCUACUGCCCAGCAGACACAUGAUGAGCAUAAACUUUCUGUGCCCCCCCACUCUCCCCUCUCAGACAUGUGACAGCAGCACUGCAGGCAUGUGUAGUCACUUUUCACACAUGCUGCAUCCCCACAAGGAAAACAGCUCGGCUCUAAUGUCUCCGAGCUUCUAAAUGACUCACUCGGUUGGCUUUAUCUCUUCUCGGGGGCCGGUCGAGGCUCCAGAGGUGGGCAGUGGUUUAGGGGUAUGUGGGAGUGGCUUAGUUGCUUUUGUUGAACAAUGUCCAGAAUAAGCAGAAAGGAACAUGAAAACAACUGAGUAACCCCGCUCUCAUCCAGCACGGAUCUGUUUAGCUCGUUUUACUCAUCAGUCAGUGGUCGGACAAUAUGCUUCAUCACGCCCGAACAGUCUUUUGUUUGUAGCUGCUGCUCAGGCAACCACAUAUCACUCAUUAAAUCAGUAUACUGUUAAUUAAACAUUUGUUGACGGAGGAGUUUCCACCUUGACCCGCAGAGAAGAAAGGAUGACCUUUACGUUGCAAAGUUUUUCCAAUCCAGGUGUUGACAUAUGCGUAAAAACACGUCAUCUGAAGCAUCAUCUUGUGACGUGUUGUUCUGUUAACAAUUUAAUCCUCGGUCUCAGGUUGAGAUCAAGCUGCCCUUGGCUAAACCCUCCCAUCUACCCGUUGUUGUACCUGACAUCACAAACGUGUCUGUUCACAUACGGUAAAGCAUUGCCACAUUCCAGACAGAUCAUAUCAAGGUGAUAGCUGCUGCGGCGGCUGCUUCUGCUUCUGCCAGCGUCUGAGGGCUUCGCAUGUCGCCCCCAUGGAUGGUACACAAAAAGGAAGAGAGGUCGAGUUAGAGUUAGAGCUUCCAAAGCCGAGCAGAGCAGCCGCCGCCUGUGUUCCACUGUCAUCUGCAGGGUCUGCUGUUGUUUUGCAAAGGGGCUUUGGGAAGUCCUUGCCCUCAGAGGUCAACAGAGAACGCCUCCCAGUUCCUGCUUUGACAGACACCCAGCGCUCACACAGACAUUUUCCUUGUUCCACUUUAUCUGAGGGCCCUCAAACGAGAUUUUUCCCCCCAGAAGCUACAAAACCGGGUUGGCUUUCUGUGAACCCAGUCCUCAAGUUGGAUUACUUAAUCAUUUUAAGAUAUGCUCUCUGAAAGGGAUCUCUGUAACGGGCCUGAAGCAGAACCAGUGAAGUGCUGAGGUUUAUCUGAUAGUCGGACCUAUUAAUGGAUUGUUUUUUGUAGUGUUGUAUAUGCAUGGACGAGUUGACAUGUAAUGAAUGGGAUUUGUUGUUUGUUGGAAAUGUUGAGCUUGUAUUUUCUCUGUGGAAAUCUCACGCUGCUCUUCUUCUUUGAACCUUUACGUCAUGAUAUCCUGUCCUUUAGCCAUGGACUCUUGUUAAUCCUGUGUGUUUCCAGUACAAAACCUAAUUAUUGCACCAAUAGCAGAUGCCGGACUUCCUUUGGAUGGUACCUACAGGAAGUGCUGUGACAGAGGUCCCAUGAUGGGGACAGAAAUUAAAUUGGUCUGAGGGUAUAUGAAGCCAUUUAAAUCGAUCAAGACUCUAUCAGCUGAGCUCACUGUGCUGCUGUUCUGAGGGGGAUUAGAUCCCAUUGAUUUUUCCUCUUCGGUUUGGGCCAGAUGUGAUAAUCUGUGACUUAUUUCCGGGACUCUCAGACAGGCCUGGUGCUGAGAAUAAAAGUUUACAACAACAGGGACGCUUCUGCUACGAGAGAGGUGGACUGUUGACAAGGUCUGAGCACAGUCAUAUACUGGAAUUAUGCUACUAGGUCCUCUAUUGGCCGGAGGCUGACAUGUCAUAUGACCGUCAUUAGAUUAGAUUGUCUCUCUGAAGUCAAUGAGCUCUGCUGUCAUGACAUGAGUCAGUGGAAAUGCCUUUUGGCUCCAGGCAAAGACGUAAACAGAGAUGAUACAGAAGGAUUUAAACCAUGUUUCUAAUUGUCUUGGAUGUGUGUUUACUUACGUAGGUGGCACACAUGUUCCCUUUGAACAGUGACUUUGUUUACUCGACCAGGAUCAGCUCAGAAAGGAGGGAGAGAUUGAUUAGAAACUCUUAUUUAGGCUAAAAUGAGACAAAACACAUUAGUAUCUCAGAGUUUUGUUGUAUUUUUGAAGUUCAUUAAACAUUUGUUGAAAGUGCCAGCUAUGAAAGAGGAUUAGGGCCACAUGAAGAGAAAAACAAUAAUUACAGGAAAGGAGAUUAAAGUCGAAAUUUCGAGAUUAAAAAUUGAAAUUUCGUUUAUGAGAACAUGCCAGCGAGCUGUAGACCAUUAUAUCUGAUAUGUAGGUUUGUGUGAUUAAUCAAUUUUGAAAUGUCGUGAAUAAUGUCAAAAUGUUGAGAUUAAAAAAAUAAUAAUUUUGAGAUGAAAGUCGACAUGAAUAAAGUUAAAAUUUUGACCUCAAUCUCAAAAUUUAUUAAAAAAUCAUACAUCUAUUUGUAAAGGACAUGUAACAUGAUGUGAUGUGUUUCAAUAAAUAGAUUUAUAAUAAUAAAAAUAAUAAUAAUUCGAAAUUUUGACUUGAAUCUCAAAAUGGAAAUAAAAAAAAUCUCCCUCCUGUAAAUAUUUUUUUCUCUUCUUGUGGCCUUAACCCUCUUCCGUAGCCACCUCCUUCUUCUGCCUGUGAAUUUAUUAUAUAGUUUCGUAUUUAUAAGAAAAAACCAAAGGCCCACCCACACUUACUGUCAGCGCCUACUGAAUAAAUAACUAAUGUGUACAUUUAUUGUGAUUAUACUACACUUAAAAGAGAUUUAACAGUUAAAAAUGAUAUUUUAACCUGUGAAAAUUGUUGCAUUAAAAAAAACUUUUUAAUAAUAACUGUAUAUAUUGAUGUGUUUCUGUUUCAUGUGAAACACCAUACCAGUUGCAAUGAUAAGUUUUCUCAGCCGCUGUUGUGCUAAUCAAAACGAAACCGACCACAAGCACUCAAAAGUUUUUCUUUACCACAGAUACAAAAAUUAUCUGAUGGAGGAAACUGAUUCAGAGGAAAAAGAGAGUGUAGAGGUUUGAGAAAAAAAAUAUUUUUAUGCAACUGCCAAAUCACCAUGUGGUUUUAUCUCUGUCUUCAUCUUUUUAUGUGAUUAUUUAAAGCUGCGUACUUCUGUGUAAUGUUGUGUAAUCAGGCGCCGUGAGCGAUCACUCUCUCAAAGGUUUUAUAUUUAAUCAGUGAAGAUAAAUUUGCAAAAUUCAGCUUCCAAACCGGUGAAUUUAUCUGUUUUUAUGUUUGCAGAGAUGCGUCGACGUAUGAGCUUGUGUAUCCUUGUGUGCUUCAGCUACAUGAUAUAUUUCAAAGUGCAUUAAUAGAUGUUAUAAAUACAAAAUCCUGAGUGCAGCAUCAGUGACUGAACGUGAUGGGGUGCAGGUGAGACGUAGCUCACAUGAGCAUGAUGGUGUUGGAGCUUCAUUGACCCUUCAUAUGCAGACAUGUAUGAGUCUCUGCAGAUGGCAGAGGCUGGGGAAGCGACACAAAGAGUUCUGAUUACAGAUAAUGUUCCCCGCUAGUCAAACUGUCAGGCCAGGCUCAUGCUAAAUAAACCCAGCCAUUUGCUGCUAUGGAGACAUGAUGUGAAAUUACUCAUUUUGCUAAUGAUGGAAGUGUUCGGCUGUAAAUUGAGGCUGAUUAUACCUACUGUGAGCUUUUCAGAGGUUGUUUUUCAUACAGAUUUCACAGAUCGUUGCCCCCAUGAUGUGGAUGAAUGAGGACUGCAGGUACCAAAUGCAGCAUCCCACUUCAUCAUUAUCACACCUGUAGGAUGGAGCUUUCCAUCAUCACAGUCAUGUGACGACAUUAUAUGUGGAAUCCUAUUAACCGUCAUGUUUGUGAAAGAUGAAUUACACUCGGCUUUGCUUUUACAUGCAGAAAACAGAGCUGAAAGCAAACAGGCGGAUUUGAACUUGGCGAAUCCACACAUGAAGAUAGCGUUCCUUCCCUCGAGAGAGCCGUGUCUGUCUUGGCGCGGCGUGGCGAGCCUCCCACCCUCCUUAUUAACACACAGGGAUUUAUGGGCCUGUUUGGGUCUUAUCGGCAUGCGUUAAGUCUUGCAGCUGCCGGCCUUCCAAGGUCGGUGUUUUGACUAUUGGGAAACCCGAGCGGGUUGAUUUAAACUGCAGCAGAGCACUAAUGCAUCCUCAGGACUCGUGUGUCUGCGGUUUUAUACUAUCAGUAAUUCUGUUUAACAUCACUUUCAUGUUUACCUUUGCUGGUACACAGAUGGGACUGAGUCGGGUCCAACUCGGGAGCAUCUGGAAGUCUUCAGUGCUCGAAACAGAUAAUGGGCUCUAGCUGCUGAAAAUGCAAACUGGCCUCACAUUGUUGGCACACGGUUGGAUUCCUGUUUUGUUUGUGACCUGAAUUUAUGGGAAAAACUGCAGAAACAUGUGUUAUAAACUCUGUCUGGGUAGGCUGUCUGCUUAGCUUCUCACUCAGAGACGAGACUCGGAGCCUAGUGUAAACUGGAAAUGUCCGAGGAGCUUCCCUGCACUCUCUUUUGUCCAGAUUUGUUUUAUUUAAGCCGAGUGUUGCAUAAACUCAUGUCACGUAGGUAAAUACAGAUGCAUAACACCUGACAAGCCCACGGGAAACCUUUUAAACAUUUUCACAGCCUACAAGGGGCAUUUGGUACAGAGUGUUCAGCAUGGAUGCAGGAUUUUCAGGAAGUUCAUGCAGAGCAGAGCAAUUUUUAAGGAGUUUUUGUGCUGUGAAUGGCAGACUUUAUACUCUGCACCCCCUCUCUUGGUUAAAACUCCCAUGUGUUCCUGGAAUGUGACGUGUGACCCACUAUUGAUUAGGAGCACAUAAUAAUCAGUCCUCUGCCGUCAUUGUUUGCUGCAGCCAGUCCAGGCUUCCCCCCUCUGCCCACAUUAACCAGAAUCACAAGUGUUUAAGCAUUCGCUCACACAAUCGCUGCCAUUAUGCUGGUCCCACCUUUUGAUUGGUGCUUUCAGAGCGGCCCUGACUGCUGCUCUUUUGUUCAGAGGUGUUUUCUAGAUUGAAUUCGAGCUGUAUUUGGAAGGGACAAGAAGUGAAACCACUAUAAUGUGCUAAAUAUUCAUCUUUUGUUCCUAAUAGGGCCGUCAAGUCCAAGUCGACUGGUCCACUUAUUAGUCGAUACAUGCUUGAUUUCUUUCUGUGUCAAUUUACAGUUUAUGGUUAAUUUCAUCAGGAGGAACGUACCAAGUGCUAAUCUUUUCACAGGUAACAGUCUGUCUCAGAACACCCCCCUUGUUUUCACAAUUUUGGAUUCGCCUAACCGGCAGGAGACAGUAACCUCCAAUUUCCACCGCAUCCAGAACGGCUAUGAAAAGGCUGUAUCCGCCGAUCUUAGCUGAUCGUAACCAUUUAAGUUAAUGUGUCAAAUUCCACUGGCUUCUUUCUGUUCCGCUGCAGAUCGCAAGAGUUCUAAUUAUUCCGAUCACCGGAGCAUGGCGGAUAAAUUCAGCACAGAUUAACCCGUGCUGGAAAGGAAGUCGGACACAGACACAAAAUAAAACAUUCGGCUUCUUUUCAAAAUAAGACACUCCGUGUUUCAGGAGGAUCGUAUUUCACACCGUGUAAACGGGCGGAGACGAACAAGUGAAAGGUUUUUAGACGUCAUUUCACCCUGAUGACACCAUGGAUGAGGAGAUGCUGAUUCUAGAAGUCUAGAAGUAGAUUUCCUCUUCUGGAAGGACACAAUCUACUGCUUACACAGUUAGCCUAUGUGGCUAAAGACAACUUGUUAUCGCACGAAUCUGCGGGUUCUUGUGAGUUCUCGCGAUUCCUGCUGUCAGUAAUGCGACACGGAAUUCGUCUCACGAACGGAUCCAGUAGGAAUUGGCGGACGGCGGAAAUUGCUGCCGGUCUGGAUCUGAGCCGGUCCAGAUGCAGUGAAAGUUGAGGGUAAAGAGCGUCGUCGUCAAUCAACGUCCGGUGGUUUGCUGAAUGAUUAUUUUUAUUUUGAGCGUUUUAACUUUCAUCGUAUUUAAUUGCCGUCUUGUGCUGAUAUCAGUAAAUUUUCGCUCCACCGCAGAGGGGUUUUCCGUCAGAGUUGGAAUAAUACCCCCCUGAUUCGUCGAUUUUUAGUCAAAAAUUUCAGGGUUUUAGUCGAUCAGGAAUUUCUCUGGCUGAUUACAGCCCUAAUUCCUAACUAACUUUGAGAGACUAGAAAGCAGCACCCACACAGGAUGGAUGAGGGAAGGAUGCGUUACUAGACAUUUAUGUGGGAGGAGGAGGAGGAGGAGGACGGCGUCUUUCCUCUUUCUUUAGAAACAUUAACAAUUCAGAGCAGCUGCAAUUAAAAACCGCCUCAUGCUGAGAUGUGAGCAGCACAAGUCCAGAAUUCUUCACCUUAAGUUUUAUUUCUAACCUCAGAAAUCAAGCUAAGAGACAAAAGUUACAGAGUUAAAACUGAGACCUGAUGGAAAAUUUGCCUUUUUUACAGUAUCUUCCUCUGAAUACAAGUGCUGAUUUUCUUUAGUGUCCCAGGUUAUAAAGAAAGGCAACAACAGACGCCAUACAAACCACAGAAAUACAAUGAAAAAUGAAGAUUGCAUGUUUUUAUUUUCUGAUUUGCAUGAAGCUUUCAAACCUUGUACUGAACUCUCUUUCUAUUGGCUGAGAGAGGACACUAAAAACCCCAGCGAGCACGUUUUCCCUCGCCUCUGUUCUCUGAAGCAUCCCUUAUAAGCCCACCGGUGGGACCACAGGGAUCCCUCUCAACUCACCUUUUAUGAGCUGUAAUGCGGCACUAUACCUCCGUUUUCUCAUGCAGCCUCAUCCCUGCGUUACUGUCGCUGCUCAGAUCAAGCUGCAGACAUGUUACCUGAGGCCUCUGACACGACACCAGCCGAGUGCUCGGAGUCAAAGCAGGUAAAUCAUCCCGCUCUGGCACAUAACCUACACAAAAGCUUGUAUAAAUGUACACAAGCCUGGUGUACGCCACAGCUCCGCCGCCGCGCUGGUGUUUGUGCAGCUGUACAGUGUGUGUACUCCAGCAGCAGGUAAAGCAGAGGAGGCAGAGUCUGGGACAACAACCUACUCUUACCUCUCCUGAUCUAAUAGGAGGAGAGGUAAACAAGACCAUCCUGACCUUUAACUGGGACAACACACGUGUUUAGUUUGGAUGUUUGCUCACACACAUUUAAAAACAUGCGGACUGAUGCUUAUCUGUCAGCCUAUUGACACAGCCUACUACUACACACACCGUCUAUUGCUCUCUGGCUGUAAUAGGCACACCUUGGAUAAUUGUUUAGGCCGCAGCCAUCUCUGCGUUCAGGACGGCGGUGAUAAGUUCGGCUGGUUUAGAAAUGGUCGCAGUAAGUAAACUGUACCUUGCUCUCCAUUAAGUGUUAAAAAAACUAUCAACAUGUAGCAGACAAUGGUUUCCCUUUUAUAUCCGUGAACUGGGAACUUGUGUUUGUUUUCCCACAGUAUCCUUGUUUAGCAUUCCGCCAGAAAUAGAGCAUAACAAGAAAACUUAUCAACAACAUACGGAGAAACAAAAGAAAUCUGCAAGAAAAAAAAUGUUUUGAUCCUAUUUUUGGACGUAAACUCGCUCAAAAGAUUGUUUCGGUGGUUUUUGUUAUUAGAUGUUUUCCUUCCCAUCAAAAAUAGAUGCAAACAGGUUAUCCUUUGUACUCAGUGGAGUCUCUCUCGAUCCGGGUCUGGCUGCCACCAGCUAAGACUGAAAGGACCAAACAUACGGAUGGCCGCCCUUCGAGCGCCAGCAGGCAAUUCUUCCUUUUUAUAAGGUCUGGAGUCGUGACCCUUCAAAUCCCAGAACCAGGGUUCUUGAAACUCAAAGAAGUUAUCCUAAGUUUUAGUCUGAAAUGUUUGACUCAUCCUCUUCUGGGUGUUUUUUCUGCUGAAUCAGUGGUGGUGGGGUUUUUCUGCCUAUUUUCGUUUGAUGAAACCGCUGAAAGAGGGCAGUCGGGGGCUACAGCAUGUCCUGUUUGUGUUUUGGAGUAUUCGUGGCUCGAUUUAUAAUGUUGUUAUUGUGUGAGGAGUUUGUGGUGUGAUCGGCAGUGGCCUAGCUCUCGGCUCUCUCAGUGGUCCAGUGGGCUGUCCAGUCCAGUUGUUAACAAGGGCAGUGGAUCUCGGCUAAGCCCUGUUGUUUCUGAACGGUGAUGUAGCGAUGAGGGGGAGGGGAAAGUUGGAGCGCUGGGAGAGUUCAGCCUAGUUUUACAGCUUCAGCCCUCUCUUCCCAGCGCUCGGACAGUGAUCGAUGGGCUUAGACAUGCUCUGUAGGACAGGCGGUGGGUGGGUUAGUUCGUUUUGUUGUUCCCUCCUCCCCUGUGAUUUACUCCACAAGGGAAGUUACUCAGUUUUUAAAGGGUGCGUGAGAGCGAGGAGUAAACCACAUCACCGCUGUACUGCUAAAAAAACGGAUCCAGAUCUGAACGCACUCGAGAUGUUUUCACUUAUCCUCCAUCGUGCGAUAUAUAUCUGCGAGUUUCUUCGCGGUUAAGUGUGAAGCAGAAAAAAACAUGAUUCAGCCGUCUCAUUCAGAACGGGCUGCGCAUCAUUUUUCUUUUGAAUUAGACAGCAAAUGCUUUUCCUGUGGAAAAUACUCCAUCUAUUUUUAGGACGAUCAGGCCUCCUAAAUGAGUUGUAUUUCCUCCAUGCUUGAGAGCUGUUGCUGCUGUCCUGGGUUAAUACGCUGUCCACAGCUGAAGGAUGCCAGGAAUAACCCAGCUGGGUCGCACUGACCUCUUCAAUCUGGGCUGUGCUCCAGGUCUCAAUUAAGUGAUGCUCUCUCUCCUUCCAGAAAAGGCAAUAAUAUUUAAAUGGGGCUUGCAAGAGUUAUGGCGAUUUCCCCUGAUGGUGUAAUGGCAGUGAACCAAAGAGCUGCGAAGGAAAGAAACGUACACACACUCGGGUUUUUUCUUCUGGAGGAGGAGUGUGAUGUGACGAUGACUGUACUGUGUAUUUAUGAAAUAAGGAAGUUCACACCUCAGAAAGAAACUCCAAGAGUACGACUGUUGACUUCUUGGGAACCUGUUUAUCCACACCCUUUACUAGAAUAAUGAACUUUAAUAGCUAACCAGCGUGAGACAUGACCUAAUACCUAGUUUGUUUUUUUAAUAACUUCCUCUCCGAGACAUCAGUGAUUAGAUCUAAUGUUGCUUUUACAGUAUCUCUCAGUUUUCUCAGACAGAGGAUAUUAUUGGUGAGAUGCGCGAAGCGGAGCGACUCGACUCUUCGAGGGUCAUCCUGCCUCCAGCUUUUAUCAGCGUAUCAGAAAAUAAAAUGAAAAAAAAAAAGAGUUAUUCUCUCUAAUAUACCUCAGGAGCUUUUCAGCUACAAAACAAAGAUAAGAUCACAAUCUGCACUUUCGUGGAAAAAUAAGAGAAACUACGUGUUUCAGACUCGUCCUGUGAUCCUCAGAGGAAACACAAACAGCAGCGAUGAUAAUAAGUCUGAAAACACAACGGUUCAGUGAUAUUUCACAAUAAAGCAGCGACACGCUGAUACACGAUAUGAAGAUAGUAUCUCAUGUUUGAUAGUUUGUAUUUACAGUAGUCAUCAGUUUAGUUAUUAGGGCUGGGACAAUAUGAUUUUCUCCUGAUUCGAUUCUUCUACGACUUUUUGGAUGCCGAUUUGGUUUAAAUUGCGAUUCUACGAUAUUGUCAAUCUUUAUUCUGCAUUUUUAACACCAGUGAAACAGUUGAAUGAUGAUGAUUAUUUACUGACUAUUCUAGGAACCAUAUUUCCUCGAAAAAAUACACACCACAUUUAAGUCAGUUUUUAAGAUUUAAGGUCCUGACACACCGGGAACGACGCAAAUAUGCAACGCGAAAUUACGAAACAUUCGAAGGUGAAUUUUGAUGCGCCUGACUAUUUAAAGACGCGUCCCAAGUGGAAGCGAGCAGACUGAGCCAACAGCAGACUGAGUGUUUCUCAGUUCUGAUCAGACUCUAGUGUUGAGAUGUCUGUCUGUCAUGAUAGCAUGUACUGAGUCAGGGUCAGUACCAGAUAAGAAUAUUAAACUAUAAUCCAUAAACGUAAGGUAACAACCGAGACCUAAUGAUGCUGUGACAGCAACGCUGUGAUUGAGUUUGAGACAGUGAAAAUACAUAUGGUCUGUUGUAUCUGAACAGGUUAGCUUACAAGCUAAAGUUACUUAGCACAGAUGAAAGUUAAAACAAAGACGUUUAUCAAACUGUUAAAGCACACAAACCAUCGUCAGAUGAGAAAUCUGACGCUAUGACUCUCCACAAGUUGUCCUUCAGGUCGUUAUCUUUGUAAUAUUUGUUCUCUGUUCUCCGACACGUAAACAAUUAGCUGGUCGGCCAUGUUGGAUAUACCGGCGAAUCAGACAUCGCAACAAAAUGCAAUCUGAUUGGUCAGAAGUGGACACACAGUAUGCGAAACUUUAGAAAAUUCGACUGUGAUACGAAAAAAUGAAUGCUGCAAUAUUGCAGGACGGGAAAACGUUGCUGAUGUGAACGUUCUUAUUGACAGGAUACGGGUCCGAAAAAAAAUAUUGACGUCCGAAAUAAUGGCAUGAAAAAAACGCUCCAGGUGUGUAAAAUUUUUGAACAUAAAAAUCGAUUAAAAGAUUGUAAAACAAAAAAUCUCGAUCCUUAUGUGAAUCAUUUUUUUCUCCCACCACUAUUAUUUAUAGUUUGAAGUUUCUGAAUUUUUGAGGAGUUUUAUUAUGAUUAACAUCAGGAAUGAGAACAAGUCUGACUCAGAGGUUCAGGAAUGUGAAUAUUUCCCAAUAUCACAAACUGUCAGAUUCUUGUUGAAAAUGCUCCCUCGCUCGCCCCUCUCAUCAGUGAAGUAACAGAGUUUAAGAAGCUCCUGUAUGAUCCUUCAUUCUCUUUUCUUCUUUGUCCUCUUCCAGCUUGUGCAUUUUUGUGCACAAAAUACAAAACCACACAUUUGUCGAGUUUGUUGCUUCUUUUCGACGGCGGAAACAAAGUGGGGCAAAAUGACGGCCUCUGUUCAAGGAGGGCGACAAAGAAAAGAUAUUAUGUAAGAACUGGAGUAUUAUAUUUCAUUUCUACCAGGUCUGUUUAAUGUGAAAUAUCACUACAUAAUAAACACCGUACUUUAACCUGGUUUGGUUUUAAGAUGACAGGAAGGUGGAUUACAGUUUCAUGUAAAGUCAGGAGGGACUUUUUUACGCAGAGGACGGUUUGAGUUGCUGUAAUGGGAAAAAGCUCGGGGCUGUUAUUAACUGUGACACUGUCAUGAUUUACAGGGACACACUGAAACAUCGUGACUGAUCCGGCUAUCAUUAAAGAUGCGCCUCAAAGGUUAUCAGACAUUUUUAUCCAUUUUCGCAAAGGUUUACAACUCCUCUGGAAAGUGAGAGGUAGUUCACUCCCCCUGUGUGCGUGUCUGUGCGUCUGUACGGUGUCAUUCUGGUUUGCGGGGGUGUGUGGGGCAGUUAGCCUUGCGGCAGUGUCUGUGUUGAUGGAGGGAGAGGGGGGCCUGCAGGAUCCUGUGUGUCAGCAGCCUGUGUGUAAGAGACAUUGCCGAGCGGAAGUGCAUCACUGGCAGAUGUCCAAGAGCCCCCCUCGUCUCCCCCCUCUUUCCCUUCCUGGUCUAUCUUCCUCUUUUGUCUCUGAGCGCCGAGAACACAGAGGCCCUUUAAGACUGCCACUGGAAAAAAAACAUAUGGGGCUGUUGGAACCAAGGCCACUGUUCUUCCUUCAUGCUUUUCCAGCUGACAAACACAACAAUAGAGUCAUUGGUGUGAAAUCAACUCGUUGUGUUGUAGGUUUCUCCUGCUCCUUUCCACAAAUUACACGAUCAGGGAAACUCCAGCUUUUCGGCAGAUGUUGCUUUAUUCUGAUUGGAUAAAAACCAGUUCUACUUAAAGUGGGAGGAACCUGCCGAAGCUGUCGUGUUCUUGUGUUUCUCUCUGAGCUUUGAGAAGGAUAUCGGCACAGGAAAUACGUUAGGAGGAAGUAAACACCUGCUGCCUCCCUUCCAGAGCCUCGAACAUUCAUACUAACCACACACACAACCACAUGUGGGCUGAGGCACGCUUACCUGCUACAGAGCGCCGACCCGAGUCGCUCCGUGAUCUGUUACAUCAACAGUUAACGUCUAGAGUUCGUUUCCAUGGCUACAGUGUGCAUCACAUGUAACCUGUAGAGUGUCUGAUUAUUUAAAAUACAGAUUAAAUCCUUAAAUGUUCGUUUCAGAUUAGAGAUUUAAAGUAAACACAGUGUGAGUGUUUUCCUCGGCUAACUGAGGUCAUGUCCUCUUCUUUUCCAGGCAUGGAAGAAACGCUGGUUUAUACUCCGCAGCGGCCGCAUGAGUGGCGACCCCGACGUUCUUGAGUACUACAAGAACGACCACUCGAAAAAACCCAUCCGGGUCAUCGACCUGCACUGCUGCGAGCAGGUGGACGCCGGCCUGACCUUUAAGAGGAAGGAGUUCCAGGACAGUUUUGUUUUUGACAUCAAGACCUCAGACCGCACUUUUUAUCUCGUAGCCGAGACCGAGGACGAGAUGAACAAGUGGGUCCGCUCCAUCUGCCAGCUGUGUGGGUUCAACCAGUCAGACGACAACCACGGUAGGAAGCCCUCAGCUCUGUCUCCUCCCUCUCUAUCUCCACGAUCUCCUGUACAGCUGCUGUGAAAUAAUGUUCAACUGUUUAAACUUCUAUUUUGGAGACACGACUUCAUACAUUUGCUGAUCAGAAGUGGAUUAAUUGUUAAAGUCUCCAGGAUUUUUAGCAUUUUGUCGACUAAAAAUACUCACUAAGGCUACAUCCUUAUAAUUUACUGUUUACUUUUAAGCUCGUUUGAUGUUUUCUUGUAUUAUUUCAGACAUAAAAGUACUACCAAACAAAUUACAAUAACACCUCCCCUUUAUCCGUCUCCCUCUGUGCUUUCUGGCGUUCUUUGCGACAGCUUGCAUCUAAGUUUUCACAGAAAUCCAGCAGCACAGCUCCCAGCACACAAUAUAAUUAGCAAUUGUGUUGUUUUUUUUUUCAAGUCUUUGUUUUUCAUUUGAGAGAGUGGAUUAGGAACACUCCUGCCAAAUAAAUGGACACGGUUUCUCAGAGUGUUAUGGAUUUGUCGGUCUGUUUUCAUUUGUUAGAGAACGGCUCUGAUGUCAGGCUCACGCAGGAUGAUAGAGAUUCUUAUUCUGGAUAUCUGCCACUUUAAAGAAGCUAGACAUUUCAUACAGAGGGAAACCAGCGAUACAAAAGUGUUUCUGUUGGACUAAAGUGACUCUCCGAUAAGACACGCUGAUGCUAUCUUUUUUAUUCGCCAGUUUUUUCAUGGAAAACUGUUUGAGUUUGGAACAAAGACGAGCACUUCUCUCUCCUUCAAGGCUUUAAAAGCGCUUUAAUUUGCCAAGUUACACUCUGCUGUGAUCUCUUGCCAUUCAAAAAUAAAACUGUGGCGUGAAAUGUUGGCCCAGAUUUGCAGAACAUCAUAUUAAUACUCCUGAACUUUGCUCUCGACUAGCCGUGAGCAAGAUUUGUAUGCAGUGGAGCUGAAAUCAACCACAGAAAGUCUAAAACACUGAAAUUUUCGACCAAAAAUUGACUAAUGGCAGGUUGACCAUACGUCCUCUUUUAACCCAGACAUGUCCUCUUUUUGGGGGCUGUCUGGGGAAGUUUAUGAAAUCCUUCAAAUGUCCGCGGUUUUGUACGGAAGCUUCGAGUUUGUGUCACGUAAACUUACUGAGUUAGAGGCGCGUAAAAGACACUCAAUCUGACGCGAAAAACUCUCUAAAGUAACUUGGUGCGACCCUGUGACUCCGCCCCCACGUAGUCGUGUCCUCUUUACGGGAAGUCAGAAGUCAGAAUAUGGUCGGCCAAAUCCAAAAUGUUGAAAUCAAAGGGGGGUGUUCUGAGACAGGCUGUUACCUGUGAAACGAGGGUGCUCUGAAAACACCCCCAUUAGCACUUGGUACGUUCCUCCUGAUGAAAUUAACCAGAGACUGUAACCCCCAAUUUCCACCACAUCCAGAACGGCAACGAAAAGGACGUAUCCGCCGAUCUUAACCAUUCAAGUUAACGUGUCAAUUUCCACCGGCUUCUUUCCGUUCUGCUGCUGAUCGCUGGACUCCACAGCUGAUCGAAAGAGUUCUAUUUUUUCCAGACGCCAGAGCUGGAGAGGAAGUCGGGCACAGACACAAAAUAAAACAUCCGGUUUCUUUUCAAAAUAAAACACUCCGUGUUUUAGGCGGAUCAUAUUUCACACCAUGCAAACGGGCGGAGACGAACAAGUGAAAGGUUUUUAGACGUCAUUUCACCCUGAUGACACCAUAGAUGAGGAGAUGCUGAUUCUAGAAGUCUAGAAGUAGAUUUCCUCCUCUGGAAGGACACAAUCUACUGACUUUUAUGAUUAGCCUCUGUGGCUAAAGACAACUUGUUAUCAGGCGAUUGAACGUGAAUAUGCGGGUUCCUGUGAGUUCUCGCGAUUUCUCCUGCUGUCCAUAAUCCGACAUGAAAUUCACCUCACAAAUGGAUCUGGUAGGAAUUGUCGGACAGCGAAAUUCUGAGCUGUUCUGGAUGCGGUGGAAAUCCCUGGUAAAUCGAUGCAAAAAAAAAAAACGAGUUUGCCGAUCCAAAUUUUGGUCGACUCAGCACGUAUCGACCAAUAAGUCGACCAGUCGACCCGGACUUUACAGCUUUAAUUAUGCAGUAGUGUUUGAAUAGCUGUUGUUGAAGAUAGUGUUCGAGUACGUGAUCAUCAUAAAGUUGCUCUUUGCAUGAUUGUGGCUUCAGUCGCUGUUAUUUUUACCGUUUACAUCAGAGGGUUAAGUGGUCGUACCUCUGCUGCGCCUCUCUUCUCUCUCUCUGUCACACAUCAACCAAAACCUGAAGGUGUUUUAUAUUUCAGGAGAGUUUGCGAUGCACGCUCCCCUCUCAUAUUCUCACCCCUCCAGAUUGCUCUCAUGUGGCUGUCGUUGUUGUUGUUGUUAUUAUCCUGUCAUCUGGCAGCUGUUGGACGUUAAUCUUUGCGCACAUGGCUGAUCAUCUGAAAACAUGCAACAACGUCCAGGUGUGGAAUCAGAAACAGAUGUGUGAUAAUGCUGACAUCAUGAUGAGGGGAUCCUCCUGGUCCAGGCUCGGGGAUGAGAAAGGUCUUAUUAUGAAACUCAAAGUGUAUCAACUGCAGCCAGCGGGGUGUGGCUGGGAAAAUGGGCGAGGGGAGAGAGCGAGGGUUUAUGUCAUGACAGCUGCAUUAGUGAUUGCAGACCCUGGAGUGUAAACACCACAUCAGGCUUUUUCACUCCUCUAACUGCAUUUUCUCAGCAAGUUCCUGUUUCUCAGAAACAUCACUGGAAACUGCUUGCUUCUCUGCGGUUUGUAAAAUGCAUUUUUCAUACUCUAUUUUAGUAGAAAUUUUGAUCAGUGUGUCUUAGCACCCCUCUGUAUCGAAGCCAGUUUGCCUCUAGAGUAUUCUCUGAAAAAUCAACUUCUUUCUUCCGAGCAAAAUCCUGAUUCUCAGCAUCAUUUGUGCCGCAGGGUUUUUCAGUUUUCGCAGAAACCUAUAAAGGUUUUUUUUAUGAGUAUUACAAACCAAAACUAACACGUUUUUAUCCUCUUAUCAAGCAUAAAAAUUUAACAUAACUCUCACUUUGAGAGAAUGAAAGAUGCAUAACUCUAACGCUCCUCCAGCAGUCAGUGAUUUAAAACGUCUCUGCUUCAGUAGUUUGACAUUUUCUCAGUCUUUGUGCCAAAUUAUGAGCAAAAUUUCUUCUUCAAGAGUGGAUUGUGAUUCAUCCCAAACAGACAAACACACAGACAUCAUCAGAUCAGUUCAUGCGACACGUCAUUUCUUGUGAAACCCGGUUUGCGUUCAGGUGUUUUCCUGUCAUCAUCUCUUCCCAGGAAUAGGUUGUUGUUGACUUUCAUUCAGAUCCAUCCCUCCUUUUCUCCAAAGAGCUCCUGCCGGCUUCCUUAUGAGAUGUUAAGUUAUUGUUUGUGAGGCUGUGGAGAUAAAAACUCACCUCCUCUGAAAGGAUUUCAUCGGCCAGGAUCAAACUAAACAUUGUGCAGGAAUUCAAAGAUCUACUUUUGUUAUCAAAAGUGUUCGUAAUCAUGAAUUCAGCUUUAUUAUUUUAGCCUUUUUCUUAUUGAUCGUACUUCCUGAAUCAGAAUCUCUCUGAGCUUAUGAACACACGGCCCUCCUAAAGAAGCAGAGCCACGCCGCCGCACUAACAACACAUCCGCUGAUGUUUAAAACAAGCAGAGCUUUUGUGAGUUGAUGCAGGAUCUUGUCCUUGUGGGUUUAGUGGUUGUAGUUUGAUGAAGUGACUCAGAUAUACAAAUGAUAUCUGGCACCAACAAAUGAAACCGGUUUACGAUCAUCCUCUAAGAGUGAAGACAGUUUUCAGGUUUUUCUCCGGCUGCAGGACUGAGCCGGUGUGUCGCUGAGCGGACCGGGUAUUCCCUCUCCGAAAAGACAAAAAAGACAAACUGAGAUGUUAGUUCUCCUUCUGUAAACAACACCACUCUAUAGAGACUGAGCGCAGACAGCAGCACAUCAGCACAUCAACACAGGUGCUUGAAAUUCACUUCACUUCUCUGCUUUAUGUUUGUUGUUGAAGAGCUACAGCGAACAGUGCCGUAUUAUGGAGAAAGAGGUUGACCUAAGACGUGUUUGCGUCUCCUAGAGGAUUUUGUUAAUCCUCAGCAGCAUCAGUGAUAUCAGCAGCGUGAUCUGGACUCACCUUUUGUCUCUCUGCAGUCAGGAGUGAGUCUCCUCUGCAGACUGUAAGGAAGGUUGGCCAAGGUUAGCACAUGACAGCAGCUCAGUGUUACACAACUUUCAAAACAUCUCGCUCUCUUUGUUUUGUCUUCAUCUCUUCGUUUUUCUCACACAUUUUCACACAUAAAAUAAGAUUCUUACGAUAUUUUGGUAACACUUUACUUGAACCCACCUCUUAUAAUGCAUCAUAAGCACAUUUAUACAGUCUUAAGGUUAGAACAUAGCCUACAGGAUCCGUAUUGAGCACGUAACGUCAGCGUUGUGUAUCACGUAGCAAAUAGGUUCCCGUUCUUAUCAAUGCAGCAAAGCAUACAGGACGCGUCGCAGCUUUGAAUCAGAGGCGCAUCGAGCGCAUUGGUUUUGGAUGUAUGCAAAAGAUUUGCACCAAGUCUUUUCUUUUCGCUGCUCUACGCUCCCAAUACGCGUCAAUCUACACAGAGAAGAUCGUUCUAGACACGAUGUCAAGCACAAAAACCGCUCAUGUCAUUCGGUAAAUUUCAAAAUAAAACACCAUAUGUGAACUCCUGACUGUGUAUCAGUUCUUGUAGAUAAGAAAUCCUCCCUGGUUCUGGAUUUAUCAGUAACACAGAACAAUCUGAUGGUCAAUCCCUGAUCCAUGUGGACCCCAACAGGACUUUGAACUGCUAUCUCUGUCUGAAGGAACACAGUUUACUUUAUUAAACACGAGUAAACCUGCAAAAACACAAACUGUAAAAUCAUGUUGAUUUUUCACAUACAGUCGAAGCUCAACAGUCACUGAAUUAUAUCCAAAUUAUCAGGAAAUCGACCACAGAAAGGAAAAACAACCUGUUGUGAGCAUGUUGUUUCCUCUAUACCGAGCCCAGCUGACCGGAGCCGCACUACGCUGCUGCUACGCUACAAAUAUGCUGAUCCUGUAUGCGAUAGACAACGCUGCUCUACGGAGCAAAUACGCAACACUGACGGAACGCAUUCAACAUGGAUUCUGAUUGUUAUGUGCAUGAGUGUUAUAAGCAGUGAGCAUAAAGCCUUAUAAAUAUCUUAUUAUUUAAGGAUUAUUAUGAUUAUUAUAAAGUCUUUUUAAUGGACAAGCAGAGAGAAAAUUUGAAGUAAAAACCUCGACUUAUUCAUCUUUUCAUCUCCUUUUAUUUAAUAGAUUAUUCGACUUAUUCGACUCUAAUAGAAGUAAAGCACAUAUGAACAUCGACACUCCCCCCUCCUUGCCUUCUCAUCCCCCCACACAUGCCCGCCUGCCUCCUCCCCUCCCAAAGUGCCCUUCGUCUGCAUUGAUUUUUGUUGAAAUAAUGAGACUCCAUGGCACUGGCAGGUCAGGUUUCUGCUUCCACAGACCGGUCUGAGGACAGUUAGCUGUAGCUGCUCCUGCUGUGUAUUAACCCACAAUACCACCACCACCACGGGCAGCAGCAUCUUAAACAUCGCCAGAAACAAGAGACUUGAGAAAACAAGAAGAGGGCGGACUUGAUGUGGACGCUUCAGUUUGUGAAAGGGGGACAGGGCUUUAACCAGUCUUGGCACUUUGUUGAGCUGCAUGUUUUUUCAGUUCUCACUAUCUGUUUGUGGAGUGUUAGUUCAGUCGUUAUCAGAUACUGACGGCUGGGUGUGUGGCGUGUGUCUGCAGCCAGGGAGACCCACCCCCGAGCACAAUCUAAUGAAUGGAACAUCAUCUCGUCAAUCAGGGGCUUUGUUCUGCUCCCUCCUGGCUGUUUGAACUCUGAGACGAGGAUAAUCUCAACUAAGGGAUGAGGUUUUUACUUGUCAGCAGACGCCUUUUUAAAUUUUUUUUUGUUCCCUCUUUUGCAUGACAGCUCCCACUCUGUUUUGUUUUCCUCCUCUUCGUUUUGUCUGUUCCCUUGGCUGUACUGUGGAAAAAAAAAAUGAAGUCGGUAUUGUUUUUCAGAGAAAUGGAAAAAAAGAAUAACCACCAAAUCAGCAUUUCCAACAGCAGCCUCAGCAGUUUGAAGAAAGACUUGAUUUAUGUUUAUAAAAGGCCCGUUUGACACCUGAUGGAUGAUUUUUGAAAACAGUUUCACAACUUCACAGCAGGUUUUGAUGAAAUUAACCCGCUUCUCACACUGUCUUCAUCUCACUCAAGAUGCCUACUUCUAUAAAUCAAUGGAAAGUAUUGUUGGAGAAAUUCUGAAUGAAUUUUUUAACUUCCUCAUUUGUUUUCCUUCAAUAGAGAGCAGAGUUUUUACUUCAUGUGAAACUUCAGACUCGUCUGCAAUGAUUAAAAAGGAACCUCUCUCCUGGAGUUUUGUUUUCUGGUGUUUUUCUGUGUAUGAGGGAAAUCUCGGUCAAAAUGUAACUAGUGUUGGUAACAUAUAACCCGCUUCAGCUUGGCAGGAAUUUGAGCGAAUGCAGCAAAGUAGUUGUGUAACGCUGUAAAAAUGAACCGAUUUUAAAAGGAUGUAACCCUGUGAAAAAUGAGGCUCCUUAUCUCAAUAACUGUUCUCACUAACCAUCAUUUGUUUUCUAAAUACUCGCUGGUAAACCUAAAAUGCAAUCUAUUGUGGGCAUUAUAGAUGGGUAUGUUUCUAACCGCCCGACCAACCGUUUUCUAGAAAAGACGAGAUUGCGGCAAAGUCGAUCCCUCUGAUUGGUCACGAUGAUGAAAUAAACCCUGCAGAAUUUGAAGAUAGAGUUCAGAUGAUGUUUACGUCUGUUUUUAUCUUGCAAACACUAAUCUGGAUUAUAAUCUGCUUCCUCUCUCUUUUCUGACACUCUCUCCAUUUACUGAAACUGGUGAGAAAGCGUAGAUAUUCAUGUUAGAUGUAAAAGUAGAUUAGGAAAGUUCUCAUAUUGCAGCAGCUGUAAACAGAUCUAGGGCAUGGCUUCAUGUAAACAGUUUGAAAGUGGAACAUUUACCACUUUGAUCAGUGAAGAGAUCGCUGCUGUAACCUUUUCCUCUCAACCUUAAAACUGCGGACAUCACCACUGAAACAACAACAGCUUCAGUGUUGUUAGUUUUUGACUCUAGUCUGCAGACACAAUCGGCCACGGGGCGCAGAUUCAACAUCCUCAGGUCUAACAUAUUUCCUAUGAACAGAUCUGUGAAUGAAAAGUUAACAAAACACAAUGAAAUACAUGAAUUACCUGAAUAUAAGGAAACCUGGACUGUUGUGUUUGCAUAUUAGCAAAGUCAAAGAAGUGAAAUUAAAACAGAAUAUGAUUAUACACUAGGGCUGGGCGAUGAACCGAAAAUUUACAGAUUCCGAAACUCAAGGGAUUAACCAACGUCAUUUGGCCCAUGUCAGUAUAUUCGGUAUCAAAAAAAUUAAUGAAUCAGAUUUUAUUUUAUUUUAAGAAUUUACAUCGAAGCAUACAUUGUUAAGCGGUGGUCUGAUCCAGGGAACAAUAAUUAAUAGGCAAAAUAUAAAUAAGGUUGAAAAUGACAAGAAAAGGAUAAAACGAGAAAAAAAGAAAACAAACAAACAAAAAAAGGAAUAUGUGUCAUUGUUCUCAUUAAAAAGUAUUUCUUAUCACCAGUCAGCUCAGUCUGGGACCUUCUAAACUAGGGCUGGGCGAUAAAAACUUACCCAAUACCGAAAUUUACGACAAAAACCAACGUCAUUUUGCCCAUAUCAGUAUAUUUGGUGUCAAAAAAAUUGAUAAAUCAAAGUUGGUUUUGGAUGUGUGUAGGUAGGCUAUGGUCUCAUUUCCCAUUAAGACACUGUCCUACAUUAGAGACAUGACUCCACCCCAUCCAGUCCGUAACAAAGAGGGAAAGACAGGUGAGGAGAUGGAGGACGGAGAGAAAGUUGUAGCAGCUGAAGUAGACGAAGUUAAAGUGGGAGGGGGUGAGCAGCUUGUGGAGUAGUUAUCGUCCAUUUAUCGUUAUCGAGGUGAACUGAUCAAUAUAUCGUGAUAUUGAUUUGAGGCCAUAUUGCCCAGCCCUAUACACCCAUAAAACUGUCCUGAAAUGUGUCAGUUUAGUGGAUAUUAUUUAUACUUUACACCACUUUGUCAGUGUAUCGUGACUUCUAUCGAAUGAAGUGAGUUCUCAUUUAUGUCCUGUGUUGUCAGAGUAAAUUAUUCAUUCUCAGUACAUCUAGACAAACACUCCUCCUCCACCUUAAACUGUCUUUCUAUUCCAUCCAUGUCCAUCAUCCUGCUGCACAGCCACAGUUUUUACAUAACUCGCAGCAUUUAAAUGAUCUGCUCUUUUAAACUAAAGCCAAACUCUGUGAUUCGCAGCCUCCAGUGAGCCUCAGUCCUCCGGAUGAUUGAUCAGUGCAGCGUUUUGAGACAAAUUGAUGUGUUGUUGGUAGGCGGUGCUCACAUGAUGCUGCAGAGCGAGCAGGCGCACAGGGGUAAUGUGAUCAGGGAAUGCUCCUGUGUGUCUGCUCGGUGAGUUUAAAGAGAGACUAAAACAACCAUGUCAAUUUGCUCAUUUCAGACUGAGUAGCGAAACCCGGGCGCCAUUUUGCCCUCUCUUGUUGUUGAGUGUUUCACUAGACUCCUCCGCAGCCGCUAACCCAUCUUGUUGUCUUCUUCAUCCAUUUAUGUCAUUCACAUGGAAAGCUCCCAACCCCCUGCUCACCACACAUGCAAAUGGACUCCACUUUGCGCCCCCCUGGGACCCCGUGUAGCUUUAAAGAGCCGCAGGACAAAAGAACCAUACGGGACAAUAAUGUAUCUGUAUACUUAGAGUCUGCGGCGAAAUUGAAAAAGCUGAAUCAGUUCGACUCACACUGAGUGAGAGGGCAGACGCUCUUUUCAAGGACGCUUUGACAGGACCCAUGAGGGGAUCAAACGUAUCGCCUGACCUUUGUGUGACAAGAUGGCCUUCCUCGCCAACAGGCCACCCUGCGGAGCUUUGACAUGUUUGAGUUAAUAUGCGACACUCAGAGUAGCUGUCACCCCGGAGGCUAUAUUCUCAAGUGCAAUCUCGUAUGAAGCCAUUAAGGAAAUUACAUUUUUCCUCCUCACAAAUUUCAAGCAGGUGGACAGCAAGAUGAUAAUCUCAUCUUGAACCGAUGAUUUCAAAGGUGUCCUCUUCUUAACGCUCCCAUCAGUCAGUCUGAUAUUUUCUAUUUUCAUAUCUCAUUUCAGAUUAGAUUAUCAUAUGUUCUCGUCUAAUUCUGGCUGGACUGAGAGGAAAUGAGCGCCCUACAAAGAUGGUCUUGUCCUUAGUGAUCCUGCAGGGUUCUAAUUUUGGCCCCGUGAGACCAGCAGCCGGCUCCGAUUAGAUUAUAGCCACAGAGCAGAUGAGACAGUAGGUGAUGUAUUAUAGAGCGUAAUUGGAAAAUUGCUCAUGAACUUAGGAGCUCUUUGACCCAGAAUAGCCUCAUGUCAUUCACCAAAAAGAGCCUCUUGAUGUCAGAUGUUUGUUUCAGGAUGAGGAUUAUCAUUGGGAGAAAACGAGAAACUCAUCAAACCGUCAUGGCCGUCAUGGUCCAGAAGAAGCUGUUUCAUGCACUGAGUUCGCUUUGGUGGUUUGACCCUGUUCUGAGAUCUCCAUGUACGAACAUGAAAUACAAAAGCCUGAGGGGAGAGCACACCUCCCUAGGGCUGCAGGAUUUAUUGAUUUUAAACUGUAAAUCGGAUUAUUUGAUUAUGACGAUGUUAAAAAAAUUAAAGUCGUCAAAUCGAUUUUCCUCUCUAUCAUGUCUUGCACCUCCAGGCCACCGUAGGCUCCUCCCCCUUCCUGCAGUCCCCACACACACCAGUGUAAACAAACAUGGCGUUUACAAAAGAAGGCGAUAAUUUCGUGGUUAAAUAGGACAAGAACAAGUCAGUCGUGUUGAAUUGGUACGACUUCACAGUUUCAGAUGAAGAGUAAACCACUCCCCCGCUGUGAAGUCUGUCUGACGGGGGUAUCAACCCGUCACCACGGAAACAAAUUCAGGAGUAAACACUAAAGUUUUUUGUUGUAUCGGCGUUUCAGGUGACAGUGAACAGUACUUUUUGAAAAUGGGUCAGAAAGUGAAUAAAUCCAUAAACGACGACCAUUUCAUCUCCGUGUGGAUGUCUAUCUGCAUCUCUGGAAACGAUCAUGAGACACACAGCGUAACUCUAAUGGCGCCUGCGCGUGUCCGACCAAAACAACCUUGACUCUUGGCUUGGCAUAUGUACCACAUCGUUUUCAGUGGUUUCGUUUUGAGAGAUGAUAGAAAAACUUUUUAUUAAAGGGAAGUUUUAUAAAGUUGUCAUUAAAUAAAGAAUCAAGUUUUCAGAGUAAAAAAUAGUGAUUUUAUUUUUGGACAAAAUCGUGCAGCCCUACUUGGAGGCAGAGCUGACACCACACGGACAGUUUGGCAUGUUAGCGCCGUACAGAGUUAAUCUACAUGUUGUUCUAACAUUUAUUGGCAGAGUUAGACAUGCAGAUAAAAUACUGGAAAGUCAAAGUAUUGAUGGGGAGGGAACGUUCAAAGUGAUCAAAACUAUCCUUUAACUUCAGAAAGAUACGACCGUAGAUGCUCAGAUGGAGAACCUACACUCCACCUCCCAUUUCAAAGUGAAGGCAGGGAGAGCAUCAGCAAAGACCACUAACACAUAACAGAUGGCACCAGAAACCCAGACAGCAUUAAAAGGAGCGGUAAGGGUUGGUUGUGCUCAUCUCCUCCGGUUUGAUUACUUGUCUCUGAGAGAUGAAGUUCACUUCUCUUUCUCAGCACCACAGUACAUUAGCUGGUGAAGGGACGGACGGCGGAGCACCUGGGGAGGAAUAUCAGUGUUUUUAUUUUCUGCUCCUCUAUCUUUUCUGUGUUGUGGUUCUACAGACUUGAUGGAAUUGCUUCCCAGUGGCAACAUACAUCAUUAGAUCCAUUAGUGUCAGUGAUGAGCCAUGUAGGCUAUUCCAUCAGCCGGCCGGACCACUCGUCUUUCUUCUUGCUCUGAUUCUGACAGUCAUGCGCUCCAGUAAACAGACGAACUUUUCAGUCUGACGCAGAAGAAAGUAGACGCAGGGUGAAAGUUUACCUGGUACUUCUCUGUUUUUAAUCUUUACUGUGUUUUCUCAGCGUUUAAAUGCUGCAUGUGUGUGUUUUUCCAUGCAUCCCUUCACUCUGGCACGGGGGGGAAACUGUCUUUCUACAACAAAUCAAUAUAUCUACCCAUGUUAGUGGGCCUAGUACUCACCGCACUGGAUGAAAGCUUUUACAAAGCUUUUUGUGGAGACAGGAGAUGAUGCCUAACCAGCCUAGGGAGAGUGGAAUCACUCAGAACAAUGGUGUAAUUGAGGAUAGCUGGGGGGAGUCCCUGCCUGCCUAUGUGGCUGUGGGCCUGGGUGUCUCACUGAUGUCCACUGGCCUGUGGACCCCACUGUAGAGGCCUUUUCCCCCUCAGGCAGAGAUGUGACCUCAUUCGGCUAACUCUGAUCCAGAAUACCCCACCGCCCCGCCCCGCCACCGCUCCACCAUCCCACAUGCACACACAUGCUCACUCACACACAUCACAUUUGUGUGUGUUCUGUUUUUCACAGUGGCUGUGGUCCCUCUGUAUGGUCAGCUCGCAUCGUGACUCACAGAACAUUGGCCUUUUCUUAAAGGGCAGUUUGACCCGCAGCGUGCUCUGGAAAGGUCUGAGAGACGAGGAGGAGGAGGAGAAUGGUGAAGGAGAAGAGAAGAGCAGAAGAACUAAGGGGAAAACCUCAGAUUAGGGUUCAAAUAGUUUAUAAUGAUCAGAUUUUAUUUGAUUUUCUGAAUUUACAUAGAAGUGUACACCAUAAGUGUUGGUCUGAUCUAGGGAACAAUAAUUAAAAAGCAAAAUUCAAAUAAGGUAGAAAAUGAAAACAACAACAACCUAUCAUCAAAUAAAGAAAUAUGUGUCGUUCUACUUUUUAAAAAGUAUUUCUUAUCACCGGUCAGUUCAGUCUGGGAUCUUAAAACCACUUUUUCCUCUCUGGAUAAUUUCACUUAGACAUUUAGACAAGUAAUCCAUCAGGGGCCACUAUGUGUCCAUAAAAAUGUUGACAUUCCCUUUUAAUUUGGCGCUUAGCCUUUUCAUAGAUUGUUGAUUUUUACAUAAGUUGGUUGACAUGGUAAAUGAAGAGUAGAUAUAAUCUUCAGAAAGGAGAGGCGGAUCCUUUGAGUUUUACUAUUUUCUCUUCAGAGACUAAAAGUUUCAGUUUUGUCUCCCACUUUUUUUAGCAUGAGUUGUAGGGCUGGGCGAUAAACCUAAAAAUUUACCAAUACCAAAAUUUACGACAAUAAUGGACGUCAUUUUGCCCAUAUUGGUAUAUUUGGUGUCAAAAAUAAAUAAAUGAAUAAAUCAAAGUUUGUUUUGGAUGUGUGUAGGUAGGCUUUGGUCUGAUGUCCCUUUAAGACGCUGUCCUACGUCAGAGACGUGACUCCACCCCAUCCAGUCUGUAACACAGAGGGAAAGACAGCCCACUGAGCAUUUUUUGGUCUAAAAGAGGUUUAAUAGAAAUUUAGAUGUAGUCUAGACGUCUUCUCUAAAAUCAGGCUACCACAGGUCUAAAAAUGACAUUUUUUUUUUACGUCUAAAUUUAGACCAGCCGGCUAACAGAGGUCUACACUGUAUAUUACUCAACAACUGUCAUAAUUAUUACAAGUACUUGGAGAUCAGUUGUGCAACUCACAGUUACUUUUUGAAAUAAAUCGUUAUUGAAUAAUUAAAGUGCAACGUCGAAAAUCCGUCUAAAAAUAUACAGAAUCUAGACGGUUGAACUUAGGUCUAAAAAAAAACUAGACGUCUAAUAGCGUCUAUUGCUCAGUGGGAGGUGAGGAGAUGGAGGACGGUUCGAAGUUAAUGUGGGAGGGGGUGAGCAGCUUGUAGAGUAGUUAUCGUCCAUUUAUCAUUAUCGAGGUGAACUGAUCAAUAUAUCGUGAUAUUGAUUUGAGGCCAUAUCAUAUUCUAAACCCCUUUUUCCCCUCUGGAUAAUUUCACUCAGACCUUUAGGCAAGUAAUCCAUAAGGGGCCACCAUGUGUCCAUAAAAAUUCCCUUUUAAUUUGGCAUUUAGCCUUUCCAUAAAUAGUUGAUUUUUACAUAAGUUGGUUGACAUAAAAUCACAGUUAUUGAUGUAAAUGAGGAGUCUUUGUCUUAAAUUCCCCAUAAAUAUCCAACAAACUGUCUCUUUUGAGUUUUGCUACCAUCUCUUCAGAGACUAAAAGUUUUAGUGUCGUCAUCCUUUUUAUUUUUUUAACAUAAGUGAAGUGUCAGACACUUACCAAUAAAUUCAACUACAUCAUACGUGUGAAUCCCAAACUAAAAUCCUUGAAUAAUUCUGCUGUGACUGUGCUCAUGCAGACCCUCACAUUCAUUAUUCAGUUCAGGAGCUCUUACUACCAGCUCUUGAUGAUUGGUGGUGUGUUUUUUUUUUUUUCCUCUCUCCAUCAGCUGUUGCACACAGCACCAUGGGUCGAUGGAUCAGUGAGCCGCCCACUCUCUACUCCUACAUCUCAGUGUGCACCUCCUCAUUUUGGCCCCCUGCCCGUUCUAUUUGCAGCAUCCCUAUCUCAGAUUUGUGUUUUCAUUGUAGCCUUUCGAUGCAGAUAUCAGGGAUGUCACGCAGAAACACGUUUUCUUUUUUUCUUUUAGACGGUUCUGCCUUGUGUCUCUCUGUGCUUAACAAUGGCUAUCUUGAUCAAAUCAAACAAUGCACAUUGACCCUGGUCUAAACAAACAACAUGUACUGUCAUGUGCUGUUGAACCACUCACAGUCUGCUGCCCAAAAAAGGCAGAGAGAGAGAGAUACUGUUUUCUCUUCUCCUCCCUGGAUACAGAUUCCUCUUCUCUAUUGAUUAGACAGCCGUCUGAAAGCUACUGAAUACAAGACUCCAUGCCAGGCAAGGUCAUGUUAAAGCUCAAUCCCUCAGAUGAAUUACAAACUGACCUUUGCCUCGCAGGAUUUGGAGAACAAAAAGAAAAGGCGCAGCAUUGCAUCGUAUGUCUAAAGUGCAGAAAACUGUUGGGUUUAAGCAAAUGCGGCUCAAACGAUCAAUAACUCUCAUUUCUCUUGUCUGCAGAUGGCAGGUUACACCAUAUGCCUCGUUCUGUAGGAGCAGAUGUCACCGGCUCGAUGGCUCCUCUGACCGGAGAACGCAAAUCCUCUGCCCCCAUCCACUCCAGCCAGCCAGUCCUCUUCACCUUCGAUGUGCCUGUACGCCACUCACACCACGGCUCCCUCUCCAACAGCGCACCCCAGGACUACCUCCUCCUCCACCAGUGCAUGAGCAGGAAGACAGAGAGCGCACGGUAAAGGUCACGACCCUCAGGCGUCCUGUGUCAGUUUCCUGUUAUCCGUUCAUGCAGGUCAACGCACAGGUUUACGGCGCUUCCUCAGUUUAGAUGCCCCCGAAAGACUCGAACUACUGUUGGGGGGGGGAUUGUCUGUGCGUGUGAGAAAUGUAGUGUAAGUGGUCUGAUGAGUCAGUGCCAAUACUGAUCAAUGAUGGUUAAUUAAAGUUAGAGUUUGGGUUAAAGUCAUGGUUGAUGAUCGGAGAAGCAGUUGAAAAUAACGGCGCCGUUGAGGCAGAUUUGUAAAGCGUCCCACCCCCCCAAACCUGUAUCGCCCUCGCCAUGACACACCCACUGUGGCAGAGCAAGAAGCCGGCCGACAGAAGAUCCUACGCUAGCUUCAAAUUCACCAUGUUGGAUUGAUAGUGACUAGCGGCGCCGUCUGCAGCCGCCUGGAUUGGACGGUAGCGGGAAAGUCCCGCCUCCUUCGCCUCUGAUCGGCUAGAAAAGCUGGAAACGUCAUCACAGAGUAAACAGAUUUUUUCCGAUCUUUUUUCUCUUCACUUUGCGGAGAUCACACGAUCGCCAUAGAAACGAGGUUCAUAAUAAUUACCGAUCCAAUCCGAUCCAAUCGUUCACCAUGACUUUAAAAUUCAGAUAUGUAAAAAAAUCUAUCAUGGAAUAUAGAAGUCUUUUUUUAUUGAUAAUAAUUUAAAGACAAGCUAACAGCAGUUUUUGAUAAAAAAUAAAUGUAUUCAGUAGGAAAAAAACGAGGUAUUUGAUCAAAUCUGUGACAACCAUAAAACACCGCGCCUCCAUAACAAAUAGGUGAUAUUUCAAACACGAGAUAUGACUAGUAUGAGCAACAAACACGUGUGCUUAUCUUAAUGAUAUGCUGAGCAGGAACCCAAGAACCGCACUCCUGUGUUAUCUGGAGUUUCAUUGAUAUUCACCUUACCCUCUACUGCCUUCGUACCUGCUUAUAGGCAUCAGAAGGACCCUUUAAUAAUGAUGCCAUUCUGCAGAUAGCCGGCCCCGGUAGAUGAUCAAUGAGGGUGAGGCUGUAAUCCAUCACUCCUAUAGGUUCAGACUCAAAUCGGGUAGAAGUGCCCCCCUCAGCCACACGAUUUGCACAUAAAUCUGCUGCGUUGGACCUCGGUGAAAUCAAACCUCACAAUCCAUCUCAUCAGCUUUAUGCAGAUCUCUCUGUCACUCCCUCACUAGAUUCUGCUCAGUGGGUUUGCUAAUUCAGACAGGCGGAGUAUGAUUCAUGUCAGAAUAAACUCAACUGGUUGGAUGACCAACUGUAGAGAUUAAUCAAUGCAAAAAAGCCCCCCACACACAGGCGCAGUGAUUGAAAGCAGGGUGAUUAACAAAAUAUUGAUUGAUGAUUGAAAUCCUCAUGAGACAUAAAAGAAUAAUGAAACACCGUGUGCCAUUUGACAUGAGAAAGAAAUGUCGUCAGAGAGAGCAAAAUGUUAUGUCAAUAUUAAUUGUAUUACUUUGAUGCAUUACUCAUUUCACUUUUUACAUUUAUAAUCAAGAUUGAACAGAACCAUUAAGAAAAGUGCAGUGUAGCCAAAACACAAGCAGAGAUUAGUCAGGGCACGACGAAACGACUCAUUGGAUGUCAUAUCUUUGACUUAAUCAGGCCAUUGGUCAGCUAACUGAGCAGAAAUGUCUGAGAUGUAAGGUUGGCACUCAAGGUUAAGCUCCGGAAUAAAUGAGGCUCGUCCCAGAGGGUGCCGAAAUAAGGCUGAGUAACUCCAGGAAAGUUGUCGUGUUAUUUAGUUUACAUCGACUGUAAACAUGUAAACAAACCGGAUUCAAGGAAAUUAUGAUCAUACUUAGAAGAAGCGCUGCACCAGCACAAAAGCUCUGAAGCAAUGAUGCCUCAGUGUUUAUUUAAAUGAGCACUGUGACCUACAGAGAGGAAGAUUUCUCUGAGGUGCUACAGUGCCAUCUAGUGGCUCUUUGGGUCAUUACAUUGAAAUUUGACAAGCUGCAGUAACAGAGAUGGAUUCCAGCUAUUCUUGCAUUAUAACUUAUUUUGUCCUUGAAUUUUAUCAUUAUUAUUAUCAUUAUUCUUCUUCUUAUUAUUGUGACGUGUGCUGCUGACCUCUUGGCCAGGUCACCCUUGUAAUCUCGAUUUCAGUGGGUUUUCUUACCUGAUAAAAUGAAGGUUAAACAAAAAUAAAAAUGAAAUACUUGAUAUUAAAAGACAAAUUUCUGUCACCUGGGGAGCGUUUAUUCAGAAAACAUCCAGAUUAAAAAACUUAACGUGUUUACAUGCAUGUCUUUGUUGAUGUUGCAGGAGUGCCAGCUUUUCCCAGGCCACACGAAGCAAUCUGUUCAUGGGGAGCGACUCCGCGGUGCAGAAACUCUCGCAUGGCUUUUCCCACUGUCUCAACGGCAUGGGCGCUCAGUUGCAUGGUUUCUACAGCCUGCCUAAGCCGGGGAAAAAUCAGUCACCGCUGCAUGAUGACUCUUCCCAGGAGGCCUGUUACGUGCUGCCGAGGGGAUACAGCUCUGAGGCACCUGCUCACAGCGGUCUGUGUGAGCCCGAGCUGGAGAGCGAAGAGGUUUACACCUUCAAAACGCCGUGCAACACCCUCGCUACCAUGCACAGCAAUGAGCGUCCAACUGACAAUUACGACCUUCCCACGCCGCCGGGCUCCUUCUACCAAAUCCCUCGGACGUUUGAUAAGAAUCAUAAUGCCUUGACACCCUCCAGCUCUGAGUCCUCCUGUGCUCCUCCUCCAAGGCCCCCCAAACCCAGUCAGGGGUCAGAGAGCCAGUGGGGGAGUCCCCAGUCAGUGGGGAGCCAGAAUGGAGAUGUGCCCUCGGUGUCGGUUAUCCCUCGCAGGAACACCCUCCCUGCUGUUGAGAACAUUAGGCUGCACAGAGGUACUCUCAACAUAUUUACUGUUUCUUAACACGUUUUUCCUGAACGCUUCUCUUUUCCUCGUUCAGAUCUUUUAAAAGCACGAGUUUUACCUGUUUCCUGUUUUUGCAGACUAGUCUGUCUCGAUCACUCUGUUCUCUUGCGGUAUAGCUGAGACUUUUUGCUUCCUGCCCCCCUCCUCCUGUCUCUCUCUCUCUCUCUCUCCCUCUUCCUCUGUCUCUCAUUUUACUGAUCUAACACAAGCAGCUGAGCAGAAACAAACAGCCUCGUCGAGCAGACCCUGUUCUAUUUGAGAAGCUAAUGAAAUUCAAGCUACAGAGCCGUUUUUUCCAGAGUGCCUCGUUCCAGGCUGAUAAGCAUUUAAAAAACUUGUAGAUAUAAUACAUGGCCUCUUAUUAUCCUCGGCACUGCCAAGCUCAUGCUCAGGGCUCGUAUAGCCUGUAACAAGAAUUGACCGGUGACCCUUAUUCAUGACGCUGCAGGAGUCGAACUAUACCUCACCGAAGGAUUUAAAGUCCCACUCCAAUUGUAUCAGCGGUCUUUAAAUUGUGAUUAUAAAGUUUUUAGUCAAAAUCACGUUACCUGUGUCAAUUUCAAGGGCUUUUCUUCUGCAGAGCUCCAGUAUCUCAUUAGCAAUUUCGCCUCUGAGUCGUGGGCGGAGACAGCGCUGCUCUGCACACUCCUCUUCAUGCUAGCUUGCAGCCUAAUAUUGCCAGUAGAAGAAGCAGGUAACAUAGGAGCUAUCUAGCUCUCAGACACUAAUGUUUUUAAGGACACGAUGGAAGUUAAUAUCAUAAUUAGCUUUCUUACGAGCACUGCAAUCCACUAACGUACACGAUUGUUCCAUGAUCGUCCUCUCUACUUCUCCAAGUCUGGCCUGCAGGGGCGGAGCUUGGAUUUGUGACAUAGGAAAUCUCACUGUGUCUGAACCUGCCGUUUGGGUCUGCCCGAGAUUCACAGUGAUUUGAAUGCAGAAAUACUCAGAAAUGCAAAUUUGCACUUACUCUUCUCAUUUUGUGUCCUGUGGCAUCAGAUAAAUGAACAUGUAAACAACAAGAAAAACAUAAUUUUCAUCGUAGUGGGUCUUUAAUGAAACAUGUAAUAUCUUUUAAUUCUCGUCAACUGAAGUUCACUCGCUAGAACAGCGGCUCUCAACUGGUCUCACUCUGGGACCCACAUUUUCCCAUCGUCCUUAAGUUGUGACCUACUUCUAUAAAAUUUAAACCAAGCAAAUUUAUUUCUUAUACAAAAAAACCUUUAAGGACUCAAAUCAUUUUAUUGAGUUAAGUGCAUUUGAGAGCACAUGAACUGAGGACAACAACCACUAAAGUAUUACAGAAAAUAUCAAAUUGUACAAAAUAAUUUAUUCUGCAUUCAGGCCUCAUUGAUAAGAAACCGAGGAGGACCGCAACGUAACGCGUACCUUUCAAAAGAAGCAGUUUUUCAAAAUAAAGAGACGUCCAACAUCAGAUACGCAUUAAAUAUUCACUGUUUUGACCAGCUGUUCGUGACCCAUCUAGAACGUGUCCACGACCCACUUUUGGGUCGGGAUCCACCAGUUUAGAACCGCUGUGCUAGAAUAUCCCAAUUUUUUUUGGCAUGGUACUAUUUUUGCACUUUUUACCUUUCAGAGUUCUUGCCAGUGUUAACUAUUGAUUUUUCUGCUCUCUCUCCAGGCUCCUCCUUUGAAACGAACAGCCAUCACCGCCCCAUCCAUUUCAAUAACUCAGGCCAGUCUGUGGAGUCUGUCAAUGAUGGGUUCAGCUCCUACCUGGUGAGUCAUUCUCUCCUCUAACUGCACUCUCUCUUCACACAGCGAGUGUCAGGUCAUGAACCGCACAGAUAGAAAACACUAUUCUGCUAUAUUUACUCCGACUGAGUGCUGCAGUUUUCCUGCGAUAUCCAGUCCAGAGAGUUUAAGAGACUCGUGUGCCCUUUGUCUCCCGCGACAUCAGAGAACCAAAGCUCCUCUGACACGGUCAAACAGCGGCAACUCGGAUGACAACUAUGUGCCCAUGAAUCCUGGCUCCUCGCCACUGAGCGCCGCCCAGGCUGACAGUCCUAAGAAUAUCUACAUCCCGAUGAGCCCCGGGCCACAUCACUUUGAUUUCCCAGGAUUCUCUGCAACGUUACCUGCCCGCAAGGGGAGCAGCGCCUCCCUGUGUCACCGGCCCAGCCGUCUCAGCGAUGUCACGCCACCACCCAUCAACCGUAACCUCAAACCGAACAGGAAAUGUGAGUAACUGACAGCAGAGUUCUCAGAGUCUUCAAAUAUUCAUCAAUCGUAGUCUCUCUGUAGUCUCUGCUUGAUUUUCUUGGUGACGGUGUUUGAUUGACUAAAAUUUCACAGCAAAGCCAACGCCUCUUGAUUUGAAGAACAACGGGAUCAUCGAUGAGCUGCCGUUUAAGAGCCCGGGCACCAUGUCCUGGACCCGACCCAUGUGAGUUCAUACCGAUCAUUCAAGCACCGUUAGAUGAGCAGAAAGGUUGAUAUUAGAGCUGCUCACAGUCUCGUCUGCUUCACCCCAGGCCUGCUAUGAACUCCAUGUCCUCCCAGCACUGUCGACCUAUCUCCACACAAAGCAUCACCAGCACUGACUCUGCAGACAGUGAGGAGAACUACGUGGCUAUGGUGAGUCCCAGCAGCUGAAAAAGGGAGAUCAGGAGAUCACUGGUGGGUUUUUUUGUUUGUUUGAAGGAUCUCCACAUGGUGUGAGUAAAACCUACUUCCUGUCCCCAUUAGCAGAACCCAGCGUCUACCUCCCCAGCCGUGAGUGGCACCAGCAGCCCAGCUCCAAGGAAAUGUGGCAACGUGGACUACCUGGCGUUGGACUUCCAGCCUGGAUCACCCAGUCCACACAGAAAAGUAAACUCAUGAUUUCUUCUAGUACAGGGCUCCACAAUGCAACCAUAAAAUGAAUUUAGGGGCACAUAUGCGCAUAAAAAAAAUAAGCCGGGUCUAAUUUUUAAUGUAAAUACGGCGGUGAAGUUAGUUUUAGUUUGGAUAUCUGACGGACAUUCACUGCAGAUCUACCACGGUGUCUUCUCACUCUCCAUAAUAACAACAGCAGCGCGGUUAAAUCUACUUGGCACCCUCGAUGUCAUCGUCGGGUGUUAAAUAAGGGACCAUCAAUAAAUUACCAGUUGAUGUUCUCAAAAAAGGCUGUUUUCCGCUAAUAGUUUCCAUGUCAUGUGACCAAAAGACCUAAAACUGAUUUCAAAUAACAUUACUUAAGUCCACCAAUAAGACACACAUUAUUAUUAUUUUUAAUCUUUUUAAUGAUUUUUUUGAGUAACAAUACAUACAAACAGUAGUACAUUUACAUUUUAGUGGUUUUACAUUGUAAAAAAAGAGCGAGUGUGAAAUGAGAUGUAAAGUGUCUUGAAUAACCCCUCCUCCCACCCCAUCACGCCCCACGUCGGCCACAACAUCACAAAGACAAGAAAUUAGGAUACACAUACAAAUAUGCAAAUAAAGUAAAUUAAAAGAUGAGAUAUAAUAUAAUAUAUAUAAUAUACACAUUUACAUAUAUACACUUAUUCACAUAGAUAAAUAAAUGAAAAGGAAAUAUCUCAAGUAGCAGUACUGUCAUCUUCAGGUAUUAGGUCGAGGUUAUUUGCAUAUUCUACUAAAGGUUACAAGGUUUUGUUAAAGGUUGCAAGGGACCCCUUUAAUGAGUAUCACAUCUUUUCGAGUUUCAGACAGCUUAGAAUCUCUUGUAUCCAUUUAUUAUGUGUUGGAGGAGAGGCAUGUUACCACUGAAGAAGAAUGGCACAUCUGACCUGAAGUGUUGUAAAGAAGACAAACAUUAUUUGAUUAAUUUUUAUUGUGCCCUUUAAGUUCUUUGUGUGCUCCUUACCUUUUCAACUUACGAUCACAUGUGCUCCUUGUGAAAAAACUUAGUGUCAAGCCCUGUAGUGAAAUUAAAACAUGUUUGCUCUUAUUUAUUUCUCUCACAGCCUUCUACAUCCUCCGUGACCUCUGAUGAGAAGGUGGAUUACGUGCAAGUUGACAAAGAGAAGACCCAGGCGCUGCAAAGCACCAUGCAGGAGUGGACCGACGUGCGGCAGUCUGCUGAACCCGCCAAAGGAGUCAAGUCCUGACACUGACCCGCUCAGAUAGUGUAGCAAAACUAGAAAACAAAUGAGACUUUUACGAGAAGCUUCUGGUAAUGUUUCCACCGCCUUGUUUUAGACUAAAGGAUCUGGACUUGAAGCCAUAAAACUAUCCUAUGCCUGUCCUCGUGAUGAUUUACCUUGCAGCCUGGUGCUAACAUGCAGAGCACCAGUCCACAAGGGUGACGCUCUUUCUGCAGACUGUUAUAGCAUUAACAGAAAAUUGAUCAAUUAAUGAGAUGUUUGAAAAUAUCAUCUUCACUCACCAUUCCAGUCUUUUGAAAUAACACGUGUUUUCUUUCCUGAAAGCUGUCGGAUUCAACCUCUAACAAUCACACAUUUUUGUGCAUCUACCAAGUUAUUAGAGGAGCAGCAGCAGCAGGGGCGGACUGGUCGAUAACCAUAUUAAUAUACUGUAAGAGUACGCUUACUGGUCUCAGGAAUGCCAAGAUGCACUCCAAUUUUGGCAUGCAGGCAGACUCUCUCUUUCACUUCAAUCUGUCAUUUGUGCUGAGUCGAGCAGAAGCAGUGAAGAGAUUAUUUUCACUGCGGGCAAUAAUUUCAGCUUAGCAGUGCAUGUCUGGUAAGAGAAGGAGGAAAGGGGGGGAGAUGCUGCCUUACAAACACAUAAAGGCCCAUGUCAGAAGCCUUAACGAUUACUUUACAUGGCCGUCGCUGCGAUCUUAAUAUGUUCAGACCGUUUUGAAGCACUGUUAGGCUGGUCAGUCAUUUCAUUGCAGGUACAAAAUGAAGAAAACAAGAGGGAAGAAAAAAAGCAGGAUGGUGUAUCUUUGUCCGUGGUCGACUCAUUUCAGGUUAUAUCUUCAUACAUUUCAUUGCUGAUGUGCACUGACCAAGAAAAAGGAAAAUUAAAGCAGGAGGUGUCUUUCCUGAGGGUUUUUUUUUCGUUCUCCUGCUCUCGUCUCUCUCUUCCCUGAAGACCAGAAAUACAAGCCAAGUAGAAGCAGAAAAACACAUUUCUAUUUUCUGGAGCUCAAUCAUUUGCUGAUCUGUGUCUUUGGUUUUUUGGUAUGCCACACACUACAGCGAUUGUUUCCUGUAUGUAAAUUAUUAACAGAAUGACAUAUUUGCAGCGCAUCUUGUUGAAUGUUUGAAAAUUGAUGCACUUGUCGAAGACAGGAAGUGCACUGACUACAUUAAUGUAAAUUUAGGCCGACUGCCACGAUGAAGAUGAAAAUUACUGAGGAUGGAGUUUUUUCUAAUUUCCUAAAAGUCUUUUCGUUUAAUUUGCCUUAAAUUUUCAUUUCAGAUGAGAUGUAAAUUUGCCUUAGAGAUGUUAUUCACGAUGAUGUAAGAGCCAUAUUGUAUUUAGAAAAACUGAACGCUCAGUUUCUAGUUGACCUAAGUCCAGUAUUUCAUUGUGGGCUGGAACCACUGAAGGGUGAAUCUCUGAUCUUAUUAUGAAUAGUGUGGCCAUGCAGUGCUAGAUGGUAUUAUUGAUUAUUCCAUUGAGAUUAACUUCUUAAUGUUUUUCUACCAUUUUUACUGUUUUUUGUAUUCUUUUUAUCAUUAUUUUCUACUGAUACGUGUAAGCACGAGAAAAUGUACAGGGGGGGUCAGGUCGGACUAAAUUAAGCUCAGUUUAUUACAGUCUUCUUUUUAAAAUUUUUCCAGAUUGAAUUUCAAAGUCUGUUCACGAGACGGGAAAGGCUGGCAGUUUGAGUUGCACUGGUAAAAGUCCUCCCAGGUGUGGACCGUGAUUCACAAAGAGUGAAAGAGGAAAGAAAAGACUGAAGAAAAGCCUGUCUCCCUGUCAGUUUCCAAAAUGAAACGGAUGUGUAAUUUAUUGUCUAGAGAGAGCCGCUGUAAGCAGAAGAGCUGUGUAUGUGUUGUGGUAGAUAGUGAGUUUUAGUACGUUAAAUGACAGCCUGACUGGGUGAGAUUGAAAACACUGCUCAGAUCUGCUGUCAGACUGUCACUGGGUUGACGUACUGUACUAGUAGAUAUCAUUUUUUUUAUACCACUGAUAAUGCUACUACUGUAAAGCAUUUGCAGAUUGCUUGUGUGUUAAUUUAUUAAUUUAUUGUGCGUUUUGAAGUCGAUAACUGUUAAAAGGAAAAAAAAAGAAAAACCAAAUAAGGAAACCUUCUCUCUACUAACAUUGAUGUAUGCAAACUGUCUUGAUUUUGUGAAGCAAUAUUACAAAAGAUGCCAGUGUGGUGGUGAUGAUGUGGUACAGUUCCUUAGGGAGACGCAAGAAUACAAGACUUUGUUAUUCCUGUAUAAUGGUAGACUAAAACUGUGGACAUAGAAUAAAUCAAGAAGUGAAA